UUGUUAGCUUACAAUACUAUUAAAAUUGACAUGUAAACGCAUAAUAAACGUAAAUAAAACGCUUCAAAUCUCGCAGAUAACAUAGCUGACGCCUUCUACGCUUGCAGUACACACAUUCCACAAAAAAAAACAUUACCUAUCCACAAUGGACUUAUCGAAGGCACCAAAUCCACGCAAGCUGCAGCUCUGUCGCACCUACUUUUUGACUGGAUUCGCUUUUCUGCCAUUUGUUUGGGCCAUAAAUGUUUGUUGGUUCUUUGCGGAAGCUUUUCGCAAACCGACAUAUCCCGAGCAGAGUCAAAUAAAACGCUAUGUGAUUUACUCAGCAAUAGGCACACUCUUUUGGACAAUCGCCUUGAUCACCUGGAUUGUCAUAUUCCAAACGAAUCGGGCUGCUUGGGGCGCGACUGCAGACUAUAUUAGCUUUAUAAUACCACUGGGCAGUGCAUAAUUGUAUAUAAAUAUAUAUGUACUAUAUAUUAAUAUUAAAAGGAUAUAAUU